AAUCUACCCUGAAGCUCAGUAAAAUGUCACUCAAGCCUCGUCGACUAAAACUUACUGCCCGAUGACUUUGUGGAAUAUUUUGUAUCAUAUUUUUUGUGGUUACUUCGUUCAUCCGGUUUUUUUGCAGCCCAGGAGGGAAACAUUGCGAGGCAAUAAACUUCUGUGUUACAUUCAAAUACAGUUCAAGUCGUGAGGUAUCAGACAUAUUAAGGCUUACGGGAUCAAGAGGAAAAGAUUCCUAGUGGCUCGUCGGCAUGACUAUCAUAGUAACUUUUCUGUUAAUGGUGCUUACGUGGUUUGGUGGCUAUGGGCAACGAAAUUGUUCAGAUGAUUGUACCAAAGCCCUCGGGAUGGAGGACAACAGAAUUACAAACUCUCAGAUUUCCGCAGUGCUUGUUUACAACGACGACUAUGCUAAUUAUGGUUCCCAAAAUGCACGACUGCAUAACUUCCGUGGUUACAGAGGUGACCCACAGGCCGCUGAGCCACUUAAUUUUUUAGUAAUUAAUUUCGACGUGGAAAUGGUUAUCACUGCCAUAGCAACUCAGGGUUUUGGAGACCCCAAGGUUAACGAAUGGGUUACAAGCUUCCAAAUGCUUUACAAAGAUUCUAAAGGUGAACAGGAGUCUGUGAAAGGCACUGAUGGCCAAGGACUGGUAAGGCUGAGAAAACUAGAUGUGAUAUUUUAAUUAGGACCAAAGAGACUUCCCAAAUGCAACGAAUUGCUUACAGUUAAGCCCCUGUAUAUGAAAUAGAUUACAUGUUGUCGCGCGUUUGUUCAGUUAUAGCUUAUAGGUGACGUCAAUGUGUUGGAAGAAAAACAAAUGGGAACGAAAGCGAAUGUCUUACUGAUGUUCUAACUCAAUUUCCACUUCUUCCAUGAUCGGAUUUUUGCUGGGGCAGAUCCCAGCGGACAGAUCCAAGCGGGGCAGAUCCCAGCGGGCAGAUCCAAGCGGGGUAGAUCCCAGCGGGGCAGAUCCCACCUGGGCAGAUCCCAGCGGGGCAGAUCCAAGCGGGACAGAUCCCAGCGGCGCAGAUCCCAACGGGGCACAUCCCAGCGUGUAAAGCUUAGCUCUGAUUGUUUCUCGGACCUUACCC